CAAAUUUGUUUGCACUGAAUUCGCUUCUCAUUUGCUGUGCACAUAUUUUGACGAUAAAUGUCACUUGAAAGUUUUGCGCGCAAAGUGUUUUUGCUGCAUGUUGUUUUCGGUUUGCUAUUAGUUGUUGAUGGUUUUGUGUUGAGCAAAAAUGGAAACAAAUAGCGAAGUGUAUGCUGAAACGCCGGAUAUGGAUUUCAGUGAAAAUAUCGCAAUACAAGAAACACCCGACAUAAACUUCAGUGAAAUUGGUUUGGACCCAGCCCCAGACACAGACACAGCAAACAAAAGUCAUGAGCGUUUCACCACCGAAGACAGUGAUAUCGAUGAUUUGGAUGAACCGGAUCAGUACGUCGAAGGAGAGGAUGAUUCGGAAGACGCAAGACAAGACUCGAGCAACAAGAACAACAACAGUGAAUCAGCACCGGCAGACAAGAGCAAAAGUGCACCAAAAUCACAAGCUCCGGAUAAUCGGUUGGUGCAUCUGCCAUCGGCACGUGUAAAACACAUAAUGAAGUGUGAUCAAGAUGUCACACUUAUCACCGGCGAAUGCACAUUUUUGGUCACCAAAGCUACCGAACUCUUCAUCGAAUCGCUGGCUCGCGAAGCAUUUCUACACACAUUACAAGCAAAGAAGAAAACCGUUCAGAAGCGCGACGUCGAUGCUGCCAUUGAAAACGUCGAAUCACUGAUGUUUCUGGAAGGAAUGAUGAAUAUUUGACUGCGUUAACAAUUUAGAUAAUUAAGACGACAAGAAAAAUGCACACUUUGGGGACACACCACAAUUAUUUUACCAAAUAAAUUUUAAGCAAACAACUCAGAAAGAUGUGCUCGGUUUGUUAUUUGUUUUAGAUUUGGAAUAUUAUGUCAGUAUGAAAUCAGAAAUUAAUUGCAGCUGAACCAAUUGAUCCAAUUUUGAAAAGUAAGCCUACGUAGCACCUAUAUCAUAUGUGUUCAAUAUGUAGUUGCUCUAAAUCUCUUACUCUCUCUUCGCUUUGACCUUCCUUUUUUUUAUUGGUACGUUUUUUUCAAGAGCCGUGGUUGAAGAAUAUCUUUUUGAAUGGUCACUUUUUACAUUCAAUACCGACAAUGACCUUGAGAUAUUUUCACAAUUUUUUUUCGCCUUUCGGACUUUCAAUGUGACUUGAAUAGAAAAUAUAGGCUUUUGUUUUAUUUUUUCUUCUAAACGUUGUUUGGAUUCGAUUUUAAUAAACCGAUUCUUGAACGUAUGUGCACGCACAAAGCGAUAGCAUUGUGAGAUUUUUGAACUUCAGCCUCAAGACGAUUCAGACGUUUAACACCAUAGCGUUAAUUAUUUUUUCAGAGAAAUACAAGAGAAUUCUUUCAAAGUGAUUCACCAAAAAUUGAUGAUCAAAUAAUUAAAAUUAAAUUCGGCUCAAAACAUAUGCUAUCAUUUACGUAAAUUUUGAUCUCCAGCAAUCAUAAAAUUUAAAUGAGAAACAUCUUUAUUUCAGGAAUUGCAUUGAGAAAAAAAAAUCCGAAUGAAGCAUAAGCGCAAUAUCCAAAAACUUGCAAAUGAGAUUCAGUCCAUUUAAUAUUACCAUUAAAAUCAUAUAGUCUCCUCGAAUGACUGACGUAGUAUUGGGCAUGAAAUUGUCAAAGGCCGAAUUAACUGAAGAGGAUCAAUUAAGUAUUGAACAUUCUACGUAAAUAUCAUUGCUCAACGCCCCAUCGGUACAAAAAAAAAUCCAAAUGCGAAUUCAGCGCAAGAAGAUGUUUAAAGAAUAACGACUAAUUUGUAAGUGGCACAGUAAAUGGGAGGAGAUGAUAAGAAUUCUUCGUUGAAUAUAAUUUCGGUUCACUUGUUUUGGAGCAAAAUGGCAAUCAACUGAAAAUACACUAUGAACGUUUACAGGGCAAUAAAAAUCACACACAAAAUCAUGUAAUGUAAUGGGCAUUGUGUUCAGGUUCAAGGUGAGAUACAACACAGGUUCCAACGAUUACUGCAAUUUAGCAAAUGCACCAAACUAACCUUAAAUCGAUAACUACUUUUACUUUUUUUCGGCGGUCGUCCGCUCUCCAGCGAAUGAUGACGCUGCCGUUCAAAACAAAACGACGCAAUAACUGAAAAAAAAUAUUGUACGCGCGCUUUUAAACACACAAAACACAAUCAUUCAUGUGGCCAGUGCAUAGAGACGAGAAAGAGAGUUGGCAAUGACCGCCAUUUGCUUGCCUCAUGCAAUUGUUUACAUUCUAUUUGAAAUUGGCAUUUGGCCUGCGGUACAGGCUCAGGCUCACACACACACAAACACUUCCAAUUGCAAUGAGAAUGGGUGUAGUUCAGGUUCCUGUAAACCAAUGUGAACUCGGUAACGUCACAUAUUUUCUUCGUAUAUUCUUUUGUACUGAGCCCUUUUCUUUCCGGCUAAAAUGCAACAUUGCAACCAAUACAUUCAUUAAAACACCUUUCGAAACUUCUGAAAAGUUCAAUUGACAUAUUCAUCAAUGCAAUGGAGCGUGCGAAUCGACAACCCAAAAAAGCAGCGAUAAUAAAUGGUUUGUAACUUAAUAAGUAACCACCGAAUUCAUUAAUUCGUUUUCGUCGCAAGUACAUAAUGUUUAUAAUUUUCGCCAUCAUAUUUCUGGUUUAUAAGAUUUUAUCUGUUCAACUGACGUUUCGUUAGAAAUGUGAAUAUAUUGUGUUUUUAGUGUGUAGUGUGUUUUGGCCGGCAAAAAUAUGGAAUGCAGUCAUUUGCAGAUUGAUCGAGGCAAACGUGAUUUUUUUUUGUAUUAAUGAACGAUUUGAGCGAAAUACGUAGUGGCACUGGUUUAUUGGACGCGUGAGCGGACGCACAUUGGAUGCCUCAACAGAUGGUAAUUUAUGAUGAAGGAAGCCAAACAUGAAACUGUCUUAAGCUAAAAUAUUGAAAAGAACAUAUACAGAUAUUGUUAUAGUUUUAUUUGAGCGAAGCACCAGCAUCAAUGCGUGCGUCUUUCGUAGCCAUAAGAAAUAUUCUUAUUUUAAUACUUCCGCGUCUGCUGAUCAUGUAUUUUAUAUCCAUAUUGCUUGAUAGCUCAUUUCAAUUUUUGGUUCGCAACAUGUGAGUUUGGCUUACCUACAUCAAAAUCCUACUCUUGAUGCACCAAAUCGUUCGCCACAUUCCCAACCAUUUCAAUAUAGGUGUUUGUUGAACUAAAGCCGGUUCUAGCAAGGACUUUGUCUGCUGAUGAUGAAAAAAGAACAGAACGAACAACACAAAGACCGCAUUUUUCAUGUGAGAUCACAAUCGCCGGCGUACAAAAACAACAACAGCCACAUUUUCGCGCAAGACAUUGUGGCAAACCACUUCGUUGACAGUAUGACGCCAAUUGCAAAGACUCAUCAUUUGUUGACUUUGUUCAUUUUGGUUUGGUUUUAAAUGGCUCUCUGAUUGCUGCCAUUAAAACGGGCUCACGAUUUAUAGAGCAGAGCGUAAGUGACACGGUACAAUGUGCAACGGCAACAGUUUCAGAAGAGAAAUAGCUUGAAUGGUUGUUAAGGAGAAGAAGAAAACAUUGCUUUAACAUUGCUGUGUCACCCAUAUUUAGUGCGAACGCCUUAAUCUGAACGAUAAUUGCCAGAGCAUGUUUUGAGCUGACGUUAGCAGCACUAACUAACGUCAGCUGCUGAUAUUAGCUGCUAUUAACGCAUUUGCAGUAUAAAAACGAAGAGAUAAGCAACCAUUUC